AUGUUGCUCCCCAAGGGCGGAGUUACCUGGAAAUCCGCCAGAUCACGCCUGCCUCCAUGGCGCGCAGUGCUGGUCCUCCUCACACGGACGCGGUUCCUGGUCUCGUUGGCCGUGACCGGUCUGGUCAUUCUUCUGUGGCGCGGCGUCAGCAAGUCUGCGUCGGAGAUGCAAAAUUUCUACUGCUAUGGCUCCUCGAAAUCUCCCAUGGAAAUGUCUCUUAACGAGAUGGUCGAGUGGAACGCCCACUCCCAAACCCCUGUCCUCUUCAACCACCACGAACCCUACGAAGUCAACACCUCCUCCAUCAAAGAGGUGAACCUGAACCCCAUUAAGUCAUCUAUCCAAGCCGUUUCCAACCGGGAACGUGUCCUGAUCCUGACCCCUCUGCGCGACGCUGCUCCCUACCUCGAGAAAUACUUCGACCUCCUGUACAAGCUGUCCUACCCCCAUGAACUGAUCGAUCUGGCCUUCCUGGUCGGCGACUGCAAAGAUGAGACCCUGGCUACACUUUCCGCGGAACUGGAGCGCAUCCAGCAGCAUGCCGAUGAGAAAGUCCGUUUCCGCAGUGCGACUGUUGUCCUCAAGGACUUCGGUGCUGAUGUCGAGAUGAGCGUCGAGGAGCGUCACUCCUUCGCCGCUCAAGGUCCUCGCCGCAAGGCUAUUGGCCGUGCGCGCAACUACCUGCUUUACUCAGCUCUGAAGCCGGAUCACUCCUGGGUUUACUGGCGUGAUGUCGAUAUCACCGACUGCCCCGAGCGUAUCCUGGAGGACUUUAUGGCUCACGAUAAGGAUAUCCUGGUGCCGAACAUUUGGUUCCACCGUUACCGUGAUGGUCGUGAUAUUGAAGGUCGCUUUGACUACAACUCCUGGAUCGAAUCCGACAAGGCUCGUCGCCUCCGCCAGACCCUUGACCCCGAUACCGUCCUCGCUGAAGGUUACAAGGAGUACGACACCGGCCGUACCUAUCUGGUCAGCAUGGGUGACUGGAGGAAGAACAAGGAUGAGGAGGUCGAGCUGGACGGCAUUGGUGGUGUCAACAUCCUGGUCAAGGCCGAUGUCCACCGUUCCGGUAUCAACUUCCCCGCCUAUGCCUUUGAGAACCAGGCCGAGACCGAGGGAUUCGCCAAGAUGGCGAAGCGUGCGGGUUACCAAGUCGUCGGACUGCCCAACUAUGUCGUCUGGCAUAUCGAUACGGACGAAAAGCCAGGCAACCUCGGUGACCGAAAGGCGUACUAA